AUGGCUAGAUACGGUGCUACUUCCACUAACCCUGCUAAAUCCGCUUCUGCUCGUGGUUCCUACUUGCGUGUUUCUUUCAAGAACACCAGAGAAACUGCUCAAGCUAUUAACGGUUGGGAAUUGACUAAGGCUCAAAAAUACUUGGACCAAGUUUUGGACCACCAAAGAGCCAUUCCAUUCAGAAGAUUUAACUCUUCCAUUGGUAGAACCGCUCAAGGUAAGGAAUUCGGUGUCACCAAGGCUAGAUGGCCAGCUAAGUCUGUUAAGUUCGUUCAAGGUUUGUUGCAAAACGCUGCUGCCAACGCUGAAGCUAAAGGUUUGGAUGCUACUAAAUUGUACGUUUCUCACAUUCAAGUUAACCAAGCUCCAAAGCAAAGAAGAAGAACUUACAGAGCUCACGGUAGAAUCAACAAGUACGAAUCUUCUCCAUCCCACAUUGAAUUAGUUGUCACUGAAAAGGAAGAAGCUGUUGCUAAGGCUGCUGAAAAGAAGGUCGUCAGAUUGACUUCUAGACAAAGAGGUAGAAUCGCCGCCCAAAAGCGUAUUGCUGCUUAA